CGGCCACGAAUCGGCCGUCUUUGUUGUUGUUCUCUUGUCUGGUGGUCUAAUUAUGCAACCAUUGUUGUAGCCGCUCUUUUUCUCGUCACCACCAGUCAACACCACAGUCACUCGCUUAAUCGUCACUCCCGCACCAUCGCCAAGAAAUCCUCUCCUUCGCAAUGGCGUCCAUUCGUUUCUCCUCCUCCUCCUCCUCCUCCUCCUCCUCCACCUCCCUCCUCGCCCUUUCUUUCGUUUGGGUUCUAUACGCAACAUGUGCCUCUGCUUUCCUCGAGAUACCCUUCACCGGACGAACCGAUGUUAGUCAUGCCCCGCCCGACAGACGCCGCCAGGUUCAGACAGACACCCGACUUGAGGGGAACGCCAACGGGUACUAUGUCGGCUUCGAAUUCCUGGUCAAUGUCUCCGUCGGCACACCACCACAAGAAGUCUCGCUGCUCGUCUCUUUAGAGACCAGCGAAAUCUGGGUCAUCGACAUCGAGACCUGCGGCGAUGGCCCUUACUCUGCCGACAUCGACUGCUUCUUUGGCUCGUUCGAUCCCAACCAGUCUGACUCGUUUGAACGUAUUUCGCGCAGUUCCUUUGACGCGAGCUUGCCUAGCGGAUCGUGGGUCGAGGGGGACCUCAUUUCGGAAACCGUCCACAUCGGCCCUGCCAAGUUGGAAGACACGACCCUGGGUCUCGUUCAUGACAGCUCCGGGUAUGAAGCGAUUGGCGUGCUGGGGCUCGGCUACGGCACCUUCACUGGCUCGUCCUCCUUGGAUACACUGGAGGCCGCGGGCCACAUCAACUCGACCGCCUUCAGCAUGUGGCCGUCGUCCGCCAACGCUUCCGAUGGCUCCCUGCUCCUGGGCGCCAUCGACACCACCAAGUUCAGCGGCGAUCUCCAGCGCUUCCAGGCCUACAAGUAUUCCAUGCAGUACACCGGCUUCUACGGGAAGAUCGGCUCCGUCAACGGCUCCGACUCGGCCGACGGUCGCCUCGAGCCCAUUGUCGACGAGUCCCUGAAUCCCGAUCUGCCCUUUGUCGGAAUCAACCCUACCUACCUCCUCUCCAACUUGCCCCUGGCCGUCGCUCAGCCCAUCUGGGACCUCGCCGGCGUCGUUCUCGACUCGUACUCUUAUGCGGGCAGGGCAGUCAUUCCUUGCGAUCGCGCCUCCUCGCUCACCGGUCGUGUUGCCCUGGAACUCGGCGGCACGGGGGGCUACAUCCUCACUGCCAACCUGCGCGAUCUCGUCCUUCCCGCCGACAUAUAUUCGUAUGAGUACUACGCCUCCUACGAUGACGACUACCCCGAGCUCGAUGGCGAAGAGAUGUGCAUCUUCGGCGUCCAAAACAUCGACUCGGGCUCUUACAGCGAGGAAUCAGGCCAUUGGGUCCUCGGGAGCUACUUGCUGCGCAAUACCUACCUCGUCUUUGAUCUCGCCAACGAGGAGGUUGGCAUGGCUCCCGUCGUCAGGCCUUCCGAUGCCACCCGCGCCAACAUCGUCCCCUUCCCCAGCUCUGCAGCCACCAUUCCUAAGUCCACCAAGGUGGGGCAGUCUUGGUGCUGGGCGUACCAGGAUUGCGAAGGCGACGGCGUAGGCGACUCGGACGGGACCGGAUAUUCUGACGAUCGGGAUCGUGAAGAUUGGUAUAACGAACGUGAUCGGAGAUACAGAGCAAUGCUUACGGGGGUCGGGGUCGGCAUCGCCGCCGGAAUUGGCUCCAUUCUUUUCGUCGGACUCCUCCUGGGCAUCUGGGCCUUCCGGCGCUACCGCAAGGUCAAGAAGGAGGAGUUGGAAACCGGCAUCAUCAGGCACCCUUCCGGCGUGAUCCUCAUCGGACGUGGCGGAAAGCCGCUGGUCCUGAAGGGGGCGAAGGAGCUCGACGAGCCCGAGUCGCCACCCCUGCCUCCCAGACCGGCCGUCCUGGCGAACUCCAACAGGGGUUCACGGAACGAUUCGCGUCUUACCACAACGGUGCUCCCACCCAUCUCGGAAGACCCGACCGGUAUUGCGACGAAUGCGACGGCCGCAGAACAGGCUAGGACAGCCGGUGCGCAAGCUCAGAUGACUGGUGCACUCCAUCCUACAGCAAACGACCAGUCCCGGCUUCCGGACACGAACACGAACACGAACACGGACACGAACAUGGCCGCGCCCACCACCGACACUGAUCACCUCCCUGUCAGUCCUAUCAGCCCUGUGCAACCCAUCGGCGACGUUCCCCCGCACGCUAUCAUAUCGGAUCCUCCGGCGGCUGCGGAGUCCUCCACGCAGGUUUCUCCGGGUGCUGCGGCGGAUGUCCAGUCUUUGACGCCGCAACAGGGAGAGUCGGAGAAUCGGAAUGAAGAAGCUGGGCCGCCCAGGAUACCAAAGCCAUCUACACAGGAAUAG